UAGAUAUACCUAUACCUUCAAAUGAAGAACGGAACCCCAACGAAGUGGACAAUGCUAAAGCCAAUGUCCCACAAUCAUUCUCAGGCACAGUAUACUAAGAACUCCCAAAAACCCACACAGCUGCCUCAUGCAACUCAUUCUUUGGCCAACACUAAAAUCAGUACUGAAGAAUGGGAAUUCCUAUUAGAGAUGCUCAAAUGGCCUUCACCCACCAUAGAAAACCCCACCCCCACUGAAGCCACAGACCCACGCAAAUGCACCUUCACUGUGCUUAAUUGGAAGGAUAACUACACUGUAGGGGACUUUGUAAAUGUAUCAGUGGUCGCAAGAAAUGGCAGAGGAGUUCCUAAAACAUAUGGAGGGGACUUCUUCCAAGCCAAGUUAUACAACACAGAGCUCAAAGCUAGUACAUUUGGUCUUGUGGUAGACCAUGACAAUGGGACCUACUCAGUCAGUUUUGCACUCCUUUGGCCCGGCCCUGCCCACGUUUCUAUCCGGCUGAUUCACUCCAGCGAAGCUGUUCAGGUAUUGAGCCGGCAUAGAGAGCGGGAUCCAGACAAGAUCUUCUUCACUGGAUACUUUGAGGAUGGGGAUAUAAAGGAGAAUGUGGUGUGCAAUGCCAUGAAGAGCCCACGGCUGGUGGGGGAUGGAAGCCGCUGCUGCUGUGAAUACCGUGACCCUCGCAGCGGGGAGGUCUGGUUCUGCCGUCGACCCACCUCUCUGCCCUGCAGUGCUCUGGUCUACCACAGCACGGGGGGGUACCAAGCCCAACUGUCCACAAAUGAGUCCAAGAUCCUAGACAGGGAUAAUACAAACAUUGUCCUUCCAGGAAGCAGCCCAGUCAUCAAUGUGUUUGCUCAACAUACUGAUAUUCGUGAAACCAAAAAAUGUGUGUCAGGUCUGAACACACCAGUACCUUCAGGGUUCUUCUUCAAGGACCACUGGACGUCAUUGGUGUGUCGCACAAAGACCUUCUCCAAAUCAGAUGUGAUUCGCUGCCUCACCGGCAAGCAGAUACACAUGAUGGGAGACUCCACCCUGCGCCAGUGGUUUGAGUAUCUGGGGAAAGCUGUGCCCACCUUGAAGCCUCUGAACCUUCACGCCUCUGGAAAGUCAGGCCCUCUGAUGAUAGUGGACACUGAGUCAGGCACUCUCAUCACCUGGCGUGCACAUGGGCUGCCUCUGCGCACCAACAAGACCCCCAUGGCUGAUCUGCACUACAUCGCUAAUGAGAUUGACAACCUGGCUGGAGGGGAGCACAUGAUCAUCGCAUUUGACAUUUGGGCGCACUUCACCACGUACCCUCUGGCCUUUUACGUGAACCGCCUGGCCAUCAUCCGCAGGUCAGUGGUAUCUCUGCUGCAGAGGGCUCCUCGCACCCUGGUCAUCAUCAAGUCGGCCAACACAGGCUUUAAAGACAUCUAUGCCAGUGACUGGCUCACCUGGCAGCUGGACUGUGCUCUCAGGGCCAUGUUCCAGGGGCUGGCUGUUGUCCUGAUAGAUGUCUGGCAGAUGACAUCCUGCCACUACUCCCCUGAUGACAUUCAUCCACCUUCCAUAGUUAUCGAGAACGAGGUAAACCUCUUCCUGUCUUUCAUCUGCCCUCAAUGAGCCACAGCAGGGGGACAUCUCCUUUCUUCCUCUACCAAAGUGAAACGUCUUGGACGAUGAGACAUGAACCCAUACAAAAGGACAAAUACAAGAAGCAAGAACCAGAAUGGAGGAACUAAAUUCACUAACAAAAUUUGUGUCUUGUGGAACUUUGUGAAGCUAUGGGACUCCAAGACUCAUAACAAAAUGCUGCAGUCAGCCUCUUUGCAAAAACAGGAAAGUUUGAUCAGUAACAGGAUUUUCAGGUUGGGUUGCAGGUCAGGAAGGAUGUCCACAAUCUCUGCAUAAAUGUAACCCUUAGUCCCCCUGGUUGGCUGGAUAGGUCUUGAGAUGCAGGAGUUAAGUGUCCUUACAUUAUUGUCUAGCAAGUGGUGGCUGCAAAUUGAGUCCCACCAAGCAGUGUCACAGCAGCACCUCUAAGACCCACAGCUUAUGGACAGAUGGACUAUACUUGAUACAGUACCUCAGAC